UCAAGUCUAUUCACGAAAAAGUUUAGAAAAAGGUUAAACGUGCUCUGUUUGUGCAGAAAAAUCUUAAUAUUUUCGAUUUCUCGUCAUCAAAAGCGCACCAAAUUUUACAUUUUGAUAACUUGAAUUCGGUGAUUUUCAUUUCAGUAUGGAUUCCAGUGGCGAUCGAAUAGACAAACUGUACAAAAACUAUGAAAUAUUAACCGACGCUAAGGAUAAAAUCGGAGAGCACGAACUAGAGUACCGUGAAAUAUUGGAUGCGGUCAAAGGUUCCGAUAAAGAAAAGCGACUAGCAUCGCAGUUCAUAGGGAAGUUUUUCAAACACUUUCCUAGUCUUGCCGAAUUGGCCAUCGAUCGGCAAUUGGAUUUGUGUGAAGACGAGGAUGCACAGAUCCGCAAGCAAGCUAUCAAGGAUUUGCCUUUACUAUGCAAGGACUCGAAGGAGCAUACGCCGAAGAUUGGCGACAUCCUUGCUCAGCUAUUGAUCACGGAAGAUGUAACGGAGCUGCAGCAGGUGCAUUUGUCAUUAAUGGCAUUGGCGAAAUUUGAUGCAAUUGGUACUCUUACCGGGAUAUUUAGCCAAAUUGUGUCGGGAGACGAACCGACUCGCUAUCGUAACUUUCAGUUUAUUUUGAACAAAUUGAUGAAAAUGGGUUCGGAAGUUAUUACGAAAGAAGUCGAAGAUUUUGUUAUUGGAGAAAUCAAGAAAAUUCUUCUGGAUGUCAGUGCCGACGAGUUCCAUUUGUGUAUGUCUAUCCUGAAUCAGACCAAACUGAGUAAAACCGUAACGGGUCAUGCUGAAUUGGUGGCAAUUGCUACGGAACAGGCCGACUUAGAUGCGGAUCUGGGUACACUAGCUUCCGACGACGAAACUGUAGAAAGAUUCAUCCAGUGCGCCAGCGAAGCUCUGCCGUAUUUUUCAUCACAGGUUGAAUCAACCCAGUUUAUAAAGUUUAUGUGCGAAAAACUUCUACCGUUGAAUGUAUGGAACCUGAUAGGAGCUGGAGAGGAUCAACAUACCACCCAGUUGCGAUUAUUGAAGGUGUUUGCCGAGAUGUGUGCUUUCUGUGGUUCUUUGGACAAACCCGCGGACAAGAUCGAAGCAAUUUACAGUGUACUUCUGGAAUUUAUGCCACUUCCACCGAUAGAUGCCGAUAUGAACGAAACACCGUCGUUUCAGUUCUCGCAUGCCGAGUGUCUGUUGCAUGCAUUACACACUUUGGGCAAGCAAGCAGCCGAAUAUCUUACAUUUCCAAACGAGCCUGGAAAAUUGAAGGAUUUCCGCUCUAGGCUGCAGUAUUUAGCCCGUGGCACGCAAGGUUACAUAAAGAAACUUCAAGAGUCUGUCAAAGAAAAGCAAAGCGAUGAGAAAAAUUCCGAGGAUAACCAGAUCAGGGUCACAGCGUUAAAAACCACGUCAAACAUCAGCACUCUGAUUCGAGACCUAUUCCACACACCGCCGAGCUUCAAAUCAGUCAUCCAUCUGUCCUGGGUGGCAUCCAAAGGAAAAGGAGACACCAAAUCUCCGGGCAAACGACACGCAGCUAUAACCUUCAGCGAGAACGGCAAAUCAAACGAUUCUAAGGGACCUAAACACUCCAAGAGUAGUUCAGGAACACAGAAAGUAUACACACCACCGUCGGGCAAAUACUCGGCCAAGGUACAAAAUUAUUCUGCUAAGAAUGGCUCGGGUACCAGUAACAGCGGAAACGGUGGUCGUCGUUCUGGAGUUGGAGGCGGUUUUCGUCGGAACAACUACGGUGCGCGAGGAGGCAGUGGCGGAGGUUCAAGAAGACGCUAUUAAACGGAAGCUGUUGGUAUUUGACAAUCGGGUGAGAUUGAACGAUUCGAACAGAGUACGAAUUUUAGUCACCUCCUCCUUUUACUAGUUAUCGAAAAAUUGGGUGGGUUAGUAUCUCUCUUAUUGGCUUAUUUUAUCUCAAUUCACUAGUUUACGCAGUUAUUGCGUAAACGGCAAGGACACUUCGAAGGGACAUCAUCGGACAACAUUGGGAUGCAGCCUAGGAAUGCCGUUCAAGGAUAUCUACCUGCUAUAAACAUUUUCUCUUUCAGGUUAUUGUUCGUGCCAAAGAUCCCCACAUCCUUUGUCUAUGUACAUUAAUUCGUUGAGAUAACUAAUUUUAUUUAUCCAUCAUCUUAAACAUUACACAGCUUGAAUUUACUUACAUCGAAAUUUAAUCAAAACGUCCAUCUACCAUCAAAUUUAUUCCGUCUACUUUCUGAUCAAGAUAAGAGGCUAAGAAUUCGUACUUCUGUUCGAAUGGUUUUUUUUUGGUUUUGAAAGAAACAUUUCAUCGGUGGAAUCUUUUCAUCGUGGGACAAACAAACUGCACGAAUAUCACGUAAUGCAUUACAUUUUCUUUUACAAAUAAAAGAAACAUUCGCCCCGUGGCAAGAAGAACGACAAACUGCAAUUACAUAAAGCAAAAAUGUGUGAGUAACUCAACCUUAUGGUAUCAUGAUUUUGAACUCUCAUAGAAUUAUCCAAAAACGAAAUAAUGUAAGGAAUCAUCAGACGAUGCUUCCGGAUCGUGUACACAAAUGUGUGGUGUUACGAACCAAUUACAGAAAGAAAUAGUUGUCGACCUGUUCAAACUACACAGUGCACAUAAAAUCAUUGAAGAAGCUUGAAUUUCGUUAAUGUUGCGUAAUAACAUCCUGUCGGAUCGGACAGUUCGCAGUUACGCAGUUUGCACAUAGUUUAGUAUGUUUAAUAUACACUUUGAUGAUAUAAUACCUAUCGAUAUUUAACAAACAAUAAACUUGCUAGUGAGUAAAUGA